ACUUAUUACAGAUGAGAGUUGGGUGAGCGGACAGAUCAAAGCUACGCCAGCCACAAUCACAGCCCGCCUCUUUCUUUUCUCGUUCUCUCCGCCCAUCAACACCGUUACAGUUGCAUCGUAUUGUAUCACCCCUCUUCUAUUUAAUCAUCUCCUCCAUUUCAAUUCCCAACUCCUAUACUCUACAAUCGAAAAAUGGCUUUCGCCGGAGCCAAAAUUAUCCAGCCUUUCGCUCUCCACGACUCCGAUCCCUUUAACAAGGCAAAAUUAUCCACCAUCACCAGUUCGUCCCCUUUCCUUGGAUCAACCCGGAAUCUCCGCCUCCUCCAAUCCGCGCCAACUGCUCAACCUAGACCUGCUUCUGCUUCCCGUGUCGUUGCUGCUGUAUCCGAUGUUUUCAAGGAAAAGAAGCUCAAAACCGGUUCGGAUCUCCUUCUCACCAAAGAAGAAGGUUUAGAAGUAUACGAGGACAUGAUAUUGGGGAGAGCUUUCGAGGACAUGUGUGCUCAGAUGUAUUACAGGGGGAAAAUGUUUGGUUUUGUCCAUUUAUACAACGGGCAAGAAGCUGUUUCCUCAGGGUUCAUCAAGCUGUUGAAGAAAGAGGAUAGUGUUGUGAGCACCUACCGUGAUCAUGUUCAUGCUCUAAGCAAGGGGGUGCCUGCUCGUGCUGUGAUGAGCGAGCUGUUUGGGAAGAAAACAGGGUGUUGCCGUGGUCAAGGUGGAUCCAUGCACAUGUUCUCUGCUGAACACAAUGUUCUUGGAGGGUUUGCUUUUAUAGGAGAAGGCAUCCCUGUUGCCACAGGUGCAGCAUUCAGCAGCAAGUACAGGAGAGAAGUGUUGAAAGAAGCAGAUUGUGAUCAUGUGACAUUGGCAUUCUUUGGAGAUGGGACUUGCAAUAAUGGGCAGUUCUUUGAGUGUUUGAACAUGGCAGCUCUAUGGAAAUUGCCUAUCAUAUUUGUGGUGGAGAACAAUCUGUGGGCAAUUGGGAUGUCCCAUCUGCGUUCAACUUCAGAUCCAGAAAUCUGGAAGAAGGGUCCAGCUUUUGGGAUGCCAGGUGUCCAUGUUGAUGGCAUGGAUGUGUUGAAGGUGAGGGAGGUAGCAAAGGAGGCUAUUGGGAGAGCUAGGAGAGGAGAAGGCCCAACUUUGGUUGAAUGUGAGACUUACAGAUUCAGAGGACACUCUUUGGCUGAUCCUGAUGAGCUUCGUGACCCAGCUGAGAAGGCUCAUUAUGCAACAAGGGAUCCAAUAACAGGAUUGAAGAAAUACCUGAUUGAAAACAAACUGGCAAGUGAAGCAGAUUUAAAGGCGAUAGAGAAGAAGAUAGAUGAGGUGGUUGAGGAAGCUGUGGAGUUUGCAGAUGAAAGCCCUGCUCCUUCAAGAAGCCAACUGCUGGAAAAUGUGUUUGCAGAUCCAAGAGGGUUUGGAAUUGGACCUGAUGGAAGUUACAGGUGUGAGGAUCCUAAGUUUACUGAAGGCACUGCUCAGGUCUAGUCUAUUGCUAAGCUUUUGUUUCUUUACUUCUCAUGUUGUCCAUCUUUUUAUUAUUAUUAUUAUUAUUAUUAUUAUUAUUAUGAACUGUUAUUCAGUUUGGUGAUCAAGUUACUACAUAGAGUUCUAUAUAUGAUUCUGGUUUUGUUU